AUGACAGAUAGGUUUGAGGAGCUGAGGCGGCGGAAGAAGCUCCUGCAACAAGAAUUGCGCCGCCGCCAGGUGUUUCCUCGCCAACGCAAGAGAUUCGACCGCGACGAUGACGAGCGCCGGUUCCGAGAGUUUGUAGAGACCGAGUGCGAGAGAAGAGAGCUAGACCGCCGGGAUAUAGAGCGCGAAUGCGACGAAUUAUACGAGCGCAAGUUCCGCCAGCUGGAACGCGAACGCGAUGAGCUGCUCGAGCGUGAGCAGCAAAGGAUAGACGUCCAGUAUGAGGAAUUAUUCGACCGCGAGUACAAGAGGAUUGAGCGCCAAAUCAGCCAACGAGUGCAGCGAGAAACGGCAAAAGAUCAGAAACCGCAGAACCUCGUCCAGUAUCUAGAAACAUGUCAUGCACUCCAUCUGAGGUUCCAAAAGACGGCCAGUCGCUCCCUAAUAACGCAGAAAGAAGCGCUCAGCUGGACAUUUCCUCGACGAAUCAUUCCCUGGGACGGGUUCCCACGGUUACAAGAAGGAGUAUGGCAGCGAAUCUUGUCUGAUAGCGCAUUCUGCAAGGAGCCCCGGUUUCCAUCGAUUCAGCAGCUCGAGGCCGUGAAGCGCACUCUUACACCAGUCAACAGCGAGGCGUCGCUGCAGCACUUUGGACGCUACGCCAUUGAAAAUGUGGUGCAGGAAAUGAUGGACCAGCUAUAUGAAGACGGCUUGCUGUGGAACGGCCUCGGGCUCAGCGACGAUAUCAAAGUGACGAUAGAGACGGACAAAGACCUAGGCCAGGUGUUUGAACCCAUGCUAGAAUCAUCAUGGCACAAGGGCGCAAACGAAUUGAAGAUUUCCAUGCGCAAUUCUCAUCGCAGGGCGAAGAGAGCGGGCAUCUGGGUCAAUCGAUCGUGCGUGUACCGACAUGACGAGGAUAGGGGCGAAAAGACUCCGAUAUUUGCAUUCGAGGGCGACGAUUUCACCUUUGCCUCGAAGACCCUUGUGGCGGCCACCAUCACCCAGCUCUAUUCUUACAUGAUUAGCAAGGAGAUUCAGUAUGGAUGUGUUUGCACUGGAGAAGCAUUCAUCUUUUGCUGCAUAUCGGAGGACGAUCCCUGCACCAUAUACUGCACGCCAUGUAUGCCAGAGCGCGAGGUCAUGCCUGAUGAUCCUGCCAGGCUGCAUCGAAGUGCUGGUGCGCUCGUGUUUGGGCUUGUGCUUCAAGCUCUUCGCUCGAGACCGCUGCCCGCAUCGUGGUGCGAUUCUGUCACGUAUAUGGAUACUUGGACCAUGGGAUACGACGAUAGAGCUUAUGAGGAUACAACCGAGAGCAUAGCCAGUGCACCGACGUCGAUACAGGACCAGCCGUACUGCUCUCAGAAGUGUCUUCUUGGCCUAGUGCAAGGGAAAUCACUCGAUAAAAACUGCCCCAAUGCAGAGUUCCAUGGACCGGCUCACCUCGACUACGACGACUUUUUGAGCCUCCUUCGCACACAACUUGACCAAGAUGACAACCUCGAUGCCGAUUGUACACCUCUGCGAGUUGCAAACGUUCCCAAAUCUCUCUUCAAGAUGCGACUCACAUCGCACGGGUAUACAUUCAUCGCCAAGGCCGGGAAGAAUUCAGCGUACCUGUGGAGCGAAAAGUUUGUAUACGAUCAGAUGGCGAAUCUCCAGGGCCGCUGCAUCCCCGUAUGCAUUGGGAUGAUGGAGCUCAUUAAACCGCGUCGCCACAACAACAGAGCCUUGAAGGACCUGCUGCUCUUGAGCUGGGCAGGCCGACCUUUUCUAAACUGUUCCAAGCAGGUGACCAAGGAGCAGAUUGCUAGAAUGAUGGAAAUGGGCAUAGAAGCCAUUCACAAGGUGGGAGUCGUAUACAACGGCGGCCACAUCCCAAGCAACUUUUUGUACGAUGCAUCUCGCAACAGCGUCAUGAUUGUCGAUUUCGAAGAGGCGUCACUGGAAUUCACCAAGACGCCUGCAGUGGUGGGAGAUUCCCAGAUGCGAAAGAGGAAGCGGGAUCGAUGGCAGGAAGAUGCCCGUCGGGUGUUUGAGGAGGACACGGACUGUGCCGUGACGACGAUUAUGAAGUCAAUGCCACGUAAGACUUCGAGUCGGUUUGCCGACGAUGAGUCUGAGGUGGGAGAUGACUCUGUGAGCCGUUGCUGUUAA